GGGCCGCUGUCUGGUCCCCGCCACCGCCGCCGGGCCCUGCAGCAGCCGCGCGCAGCGGGAGAGUGCGCAGCGCUCGUAGCGGGACCCGGCGCGGGGCGGGCGGCCCGAGGGAGGGGCACGGCAGAGUUGGCCAGCCCAUCCAUCCAUCCUAAGGGUUUGGAGGAAGUCAACCCACUUCCCAAUUUGAUUGGUCCCCGCUGCUUCCAGAAGAAAAGGCAGACUUGUCCCUAUGACAUCCCUGGACGGCUGCUCAUUACUCACCCACCUGGGGCCCUGCAGGCGGUGAAGGGCUGUGCCCGCUUUCUGUGUGCGCGGGAGCCUGCGGUCUGCCUCCUAUGCACCCCAGCACCCCCAUCAGCUCCCUCUUCUCCUUCACCAGCCCUGCAGUAAAGAGGCUGCUUGGCUGGAAGCAGGGAGAUGAAGAGGAGAAGUGGGCAGAGAAGGCAGUGGACUCUUUGGUGAAGAAGCUGAAGAAAAAGAAAGGAGCCAUGGACGAGCUGGAGAGGGCGCUCAGCUGCCCCGGGCAACCCAGCAAGUGCGUCACUAUCCCCAGGUCUCUUGAUGGACGCCUGCAGGUGUCCCACCGCAAGGGGCUACCCCAUGUCAUCUACUGCCGCGUGUGGCGCUGGCCGGACCUGCAGUCCCAUCACGAGCUGAAGCCGCUGGAAUGCUGCGAGUUUCCAUUCGGCUCCAAGCAGAAGGAGGUGUGCAUCAACCCGUACCACUACCGCCGCGUGGAGACGCCAGUGCUGCCUCCAGUGCUGGUGCCAAGACACAGCGAAUACAACCCCCAGCUCAGCCUCCUGGCCAAGUUCCGCAGCGCCUCCCUGCACAGCGAGCCGCUCAUGCCGCACAACGCCACCUACCCCGACUCCUUCCAGCAGCCUCUGUGUCCCGCACUGCCUUCCUCGCCCAGCCACGUGUUCCCGCAAUCUCCGUGCUCUGCCAGCUACCCACACUCUCCAGGAAGUCCUUCCGAGCCAGAGAGCCCGUAUCAGCAUUCAGACUUCCGGCCAGUUUGCUACGAGGAGCCCCAGCACUGGUGCUCCGUCGCCUACUAUGAACUAAACAACAGAGUUGGUGAGACAUUCCAGGCGUCUUCCCGGAGCGUGCUCAUAGAUGGCUUCACUGACCCUUCCAAUAACAAGAACAGGUUCUGUCUUGGACUUCUUUCAAACGUAAACAGAAACUCCACGAUAGAAAACACCAGGAGGCACAUAGGAAAGGGUGUGCAUUUGUACUACGUUGGGGGUGAGGUAUAUGCUGAGUGCGUGAGUGACAGCAGCAUCUUCGUGCAGAGCAGGAACUGCAACUACCAGCAUGGUUUCCACCCAGCCACCGUCUGCAAGAUCCCCAGCGGGUGCAGCCUCAAGGUCUUCAACAACCAACUCUUCGCUCAGCUGCUCGCCCAGUCGGUUCACCAUGGCUUUGAAGUUGUAUAUGAGUUAACUAAGAUGUGCACUAUCCGGAUGAGCUUCGUUAAGGGCUGGGGAGCUGAGUAUCAUCGUCAGGAUGUCACAAGUACCCCCUGCUGGAUUGAGAUCCAUCUUCAUGGACCACUGCAGUGGUUGGACAAGGUUCUAACUCAGAUGGGCUCCCCACAUAACCCUAUUUCUUCAGUGUCUUAACAGCUAUGCCUUCAAGCUACAUUCCCAUAGAAUGGAUGCUAUAGCAGACAGUGGCUUAUAUCAUUGCAAUCUGUAGCUAAUGGAAGUUCCUGACUGCAUAUGUAAAUACAUAUAAUGUGUACUAUUCAUAUUUUUAUCAACAUUUGUUUUGCUGACCUGGGGCCAGUGCUGUGUGGUUGGAGAAGUGCAUUUUCCAGGCCAAUUCUAUGAUAAGAAGCCAUAAUAAGAACCAAAUGAAAGGGAACAGUGGGAAGGGCAUUGGUGGAGCCAAAGGCAGCUUCAGUCGGCAUGUCACUACACAGCACAUUGUGCGGCCUAAGGAAAGCGCAAAGCUGUUUGUACAGCAAGACAUGGGUUUUAGACGCACCAGAGCAAAUAACAGAGACAAAACAAUCAAACCCACAUAGUAUGAAUGAUCUCACUUUUAGUGUUAUUGGCAAGAAAGAAAAUCAAUCUUGAUCAGUGAAUUUGAGAUAAGCCAUAGAAACUUCAUUUCUGAAGUUGAAAUACACAUAGCUAGACCUCUGUUAUCAAUGGUACGUUUAAACAGAUGUAAAGUGUGAUUGGAAGAAGAAGAAACUGUGACACUUAGAGUAGUCAUGUUGCCUCUAUACCAUGUAAAAAAAUGAGUCUAAUAAGGGAAACAAAUAUGAAAACAGCAUGAGAUGAGCUACAAUCCCAAAUGAGGGAUUAGUCCAGAGUCUAGUCCAAGCCACCCGGCUUGGUCAGGGGAUGCUAAAGACUGCUGAUCUGCAGUGUGGACACCACGUGCAAGCCCAGUGCAGAGACAGAGCAGUAGAAUAGAAGGCUGGACAGAGAAACCAGCUAUUUAUACAUCAGUUCUCUUGCUCAGCCUUCACGAAGGAAGGGUGCCCCUUUGCCACACCCUCUUUCCUAUUGACAAAUUAGUUACAGGUGAUUAAAACAGCAAAUCCUUUGAGGAAAUCUAGAGGCGCUGUUGGAUCAAGUUUACAAAUUACUUAACCUGGUAUCUGUAUUAAAUUAUCAACUGGUUAAAUUUGGCAGCCUCUUCUAAAGCUAAAGUCUUGCACCUGAAAAUAACUUCCCAAGCAAAGUGGGACUGUUUCAUAUUCCCUACAGUUUUGAGAAAACAAUGGUAGUGAAUAAUUGCACAUCUUCUAAAAAUAUACAUACAGAGAUGUGUAUGUACAUAUUAUUAAAGCCUGUUCUUUCUUUCAUUGGAUGAUAAAGGGAAAUUCCCCCAAACUUCUAGAUACUUACCACCCACUCACUAAUACUGCACUGCUUGGAGAUAUAGUUCAUGCCCUUUGAAAAACAUAAUUUAAAAUGGCAUUUAUGCUUAUGAAGGACUUUGGUAAUCCAAGAGUUUUCUUCAUUUAUCCAUUCUGUUUAGCAUUAGUGUAGUUGUUUCUCACUAAACUGUAUUCAAGGUAGAAACAAUCCUGUGAAAAGACAUAACGAGUAACCACUGUCACUUGCAAUGACUAGUGCUAUCUAUAGAACUUUCACAUAUAUUAUAGAAAAUACUUAUUGCAUUUUACAGUAAAGCUCGGGGGCCCACUUAGUGUGGGCCCAAAUUCACUGGUUCAUCAACUCUGUAUUGUUCAUCUGUGUAUGCCAGGUACAAUAUCAGGUACUAUGGAAUCACAUUGUAAAUAAGAGGCCAUCCCCACCCUCAUGGAGCCAAGAAUUUAAUAAUAAACCCAUUUGUGCAAACA